ACCGUACAGUUUGGUCAGAGGGGGUUCCGCUUCUGAAGCACAAGAAUCUAUGUCUUCGGGGUCUGAUGUCCGUUAUUCAACUGCACAGAAACAGAGGAGAAACUCUGAAGACGACGGCGUUCCGUUUAGCUCAACAUCUACAAGUAGUGACCAAACUUCAGGUUUUCCUCCAACGGUUGAACGCUCCUAUAAAAUCAAUAGUGUUUUUGCCAAUCGAAUAGCCGAACUGAAAAAUAAUUUAGAGCGCCAUCUUGAGACCACAACGAAUCUCCUAGUUACACUCCAAGGUAUUGAUAUCGAGGAGCUAGAAGAUAACCAGCGAUUCAUAAAAUGUGCCACGAAAUUUUUGCCUUCCUUCAGUUACAGUCGACAGUUAAAUGAAGACAACGAAAAGCAAAAUGAAACAACAAAUUCAACUGCAUUAUCGACAUCUAAUUCACAUGAAAACCAUUCAAUUUGUUCAAGUCAAACUUGUCGACAUGAAGAACCGCGAAUAAACAUCAACGACAAUUUCACAUCCACUACACAGAGCACAACACGAUUAAGCAGCCCACAGCGGGAUCAAAAUCAAACAACAAUGGCAUCGAAUGUAUCUUCUCCUACUACUUCAACGAUUACGACGGCGACAAGUGCAACGAGAUCGGGGCAAUUUUUUCCGCCUAGGCCAAAUUUCCCCGCUCGUCCGGACUUUCCACCACGUCCAAAUUUUCCUCCUCGUCCAAAUUCCCCCCCGCGACCCAAUUUCCCACCCGAAGGACGGAGUUCUCCUCUUACAAACGUCGAAAAGGAUAAUUUGGAAAAAAUAGGAGACACACCAGUUCGUGCAGAAGAGUCACUCAAAGUUUUCCGGGAGCAUUUGUCUAUCGAGGACUACAUGAGAUUAAUGGAAAAUCGACCUCAGUUACCGCCAUCCUCAGGUUCACAAACACCCCCCUUUAGAGGUAAAAGAAAACAACGAUCGUUGUCAAAACCAUGCGGCUCGUAUGAGAGUUGCCUUCACAUCUUGACCUCAUUAAAAAGAAUGGAAAAAGUAGACAUUUCUCGUUCAGCAUACCUCGAAAUUGAUACAUAAAAAA